AUGAGUCAAUCGGACUUGUCUAAGAACGCUAGAAAUAGGAAAGCGGAGACCGAUGAGUCUCGCUCCACAUUCGCUGGAGCUUCUCUAUUUUCACUGGCCGUCACAUCAGCUCACCUGGUUGUGCCCUUUGGUCAGAAAAAUGGAACCUCUAAUAAAUUGCUGAGUUUUGUACCCGAUAUUGAACUAUCUGGUGAGCAUGUUCUGGUGCGUCUCUUCCAAAAAUUUGCCUCUGUUGAGGUUAAUGGUGAGGCCUUCAUGACACCUAGAGAUUUCAUUGAUUGUGUAACCGGUGCUAGACCGCCAGUCAGUAUUAAACGCCACGUGAUUGAUACCGGUAUGGCGGAACAGCUUCUUGCUAAGACACCUCGUUCUGCAUCACAAUGUUCUACCACAAUUCAGCGUCACUUCUUCAAUGAAGACGGUCGUGGAAAGCUUGUGUAUAAAGACUUUCUUAAAUUUAUCUUAGGACUGCAAACUGAGGUUCUGCGAGCGGAGUUUUAUCGCUUUAGCUGCGGAGAUGACUCGAUUUCGCCGUUACAAUUGGCUCAGGCGAUCUUGCGGUACGCCGAACUGCCGGACAAACUAAAAGGAAAAGGGCUUGAGCUUGUCGCAGAGAGCAUAAUGUUUGAAGAAGACAGCAUCGAUUUUGAGUCCUACUGCUCUUUCUUUAAUCUCCUCUUUCAAUAUGAAGAUCUAUGCUCAGCCCUUAAAAUGUACAUGCUCUCCAAUCGCGCAAUUUCGAGAGAAGAGUUUCAGCGUGCAGCUCGUGCUGUGACCGGUAAACGAAUGAACGACGUCAUCGUCAACACGGUCUUCCUGUUAUUCGAUGCCGAUGGGGAUGGUCACUUAAGCGCGGAGGAAUUCAUCUCUGUCAUGCGCUCCUACCUCGCUCGUGGGACACGUAGUCGGAAUCCCGCCUUCCAGUUCGCCUAUUGGCCCCGCUACGUGGCGCGACUGCUGCGUUUUCGUCCCGUCUUUCGCGGUGAUCUUCAGGGCUGGUCCUUCGAGAUGGAUCGCUCUAUGCCCUUCGAGUUGCCUGACGCCAAACCUCACGAGUUUGCAGAGGAGAAAUGGCUGCCAGUAUGGCGCUUCUCAGAGCAGCCACCGUGGAAUAUUGCGAACCGCCUCUCGACCUUUCCCUAUCGUACCGACUGGUGUGUUGUUCAUCCCGACGGCAAACGCACUCGCGAACGCCUCACUGGUAUGAGUCCCGAGGAACAGACCAUCUUCAAGGGCGAUCGUGUUAUUGUGCUCAAGGGAGUCAGCAGGGGCAAGAUUGGCAUUGUGAGUUCGGUGAUAAAAAUGCGGAAUCUCGUCUACGUAGAAGGCUUAAAUCCUCGCUAUCGAUCUCCUGAGGGCAAAGGGCCCCUCAUUUCUGAUGAGAACUACCUCAAAAUCAACGAAGAGGUGGCUCUCAUGGACCCCUCCGAUAGGACGCCCUGCGAAGCAGUGUGGCGCUACGACUCGCAGGGGAACCGCGUGCGCGUCUCCAAGCGCAGUGGGCACCUGCUGCCCUUGCCCACAGCUGCUCGCAUCCUCGACGACCUCACUGAUCCUGUGGCCGCCGAGGUGGGGGAAAAGGACACUCCCACGGAAGCUGUCACCAAGACAACUGUGGAUUUCGUUGCACCAGAACGACUGGAGACCUUUGAGGAGGAGUUGAUGCGGGUCUAUGCUCCCGAAGAGAAGCGACAGCGAAUGCCCACCUUCUGGUACUGA